AUGGAGGCAAAUGAAAAAUGUGAUGUGUAUAGUUUUGGGGUCUUGACAUUGGAGAUAUUGUUUGGAAGACACCCUGGUGAUAUUACAUCUUCUUUAAUGUUAUCAUCUUCAUCAAUUGGUGUGACCUCAACACUUGAUCAUAUGGUAUUCAUGGAUAGACUGGACGAACGUCUUCCUCAUCCAACUAGCCCUGAUCUGAAGGAGGUGGUAUCAAUUGUGAAGAUAGCAAUUUCCUGUUUGACUGAAAGCCCAAGAUCUCGUCCUACCAUGGAAGAGGUUGUGAAGGAGCUUGUAAUGUCAAACUCACCUUUUCUACAACGUACACAUGUAGAGCAAAAAGACUGCACAUCCUCAACAUACUGA